AUGUCGACUGAGGCACACGAAGAAAGUGAUCAAAAGGUCAUAGUUGAGGCACUCUCAAAAGGGCCUUCUCUGCAAAACUGCAAUGCUUCAUCAAGAAAAUUCUGCGAGGCUGAUUUUGUGCUGGGAGUGCCAUUGGAGCUGAGCUGGGAGAUGGUGGAAGAGAUGACGUUUGGGUUCAGGACAAGGAUAAUUCUAGGGGAUGAGAAGAGUGAGUAUUUGGCUUACGAGGGUUUGCUGCCUGUUUAUGGCUACCAAGUAAUGGUGAAGAGAUACAGCACGUCGGAUUCGAGCAGGAGCUGGAGCAGGGACGUUCUUGAAGCAGAAAAGAAAGCAGCCUUGUCUAUGCACCACAAAAACAUACUCAGCUUGGCUGGUUACUAUCAGAGUGAAAAUACUACUAUUCUCGUCUUUCCCUCAACAAAAAGAGGCUCAUUAGACACAAACCUCUACGGCUCUAGAGGAAAACAUUUGAAAUUGACAUUUCAAGAUAAACUCAAGAUAGCUAUAGAAAUUGCUCGAGGGCUUCGAUAUAUGCAUGAAGAAAGUCCUCAGGGUCCUGUUGUUCACGGCCAAUUACUCAUCAGCAACAUUUUUCUCAGACGUGAUUUACGCCCACUGAUCUCUGGUUUCGGUCGAGCUACCUGGCUUCAUCUGAAGCAAUUAACAAAGCCAAUCAACAACAAAAAGUGUUCACUUCGGGAUUAUUUAGACCUCGAAUCAAUUGCUCUAGUAAAAUCCGACAUCCUAUCCUAUGGUGUCUUGCUUUUGAGGCUGUUUUGCAAAACAAGCGUGCCACAGGACGACAAAACUCUGCUUGACUGGGUUAGUUGUUCUAAACCUAAUGCCUAA